AUGAGGGGCUGCGGGACCCCAGCCCCCCACGCCGGGUGGGCGCAUGGGCGGCGGGGUCUCCCGGAGCAGCCAGGCAGUUCCCGGGGUGGUGGCUGCCAGUGCGGGAGGGGCAGCCAGGGACGCGGUGCGUCCUCCAACACCCGGUGCCAGGCGGGCGGGGCGCGGCCAGGGCCGGCAAACGCGGCCCCGGCUCCCGGCCAGGCGCGGCACGGCGGUCGCCUCGUCCCCGGCAGCGGCCACAAGCGUGGGGCGCGCCCGUGCGUGCUGACCCCGCGGCGGGGGGCCCGACAGCAGGGGGCGGGCAGCGGGGCUCUGGCUGGCCCCCGCCGCCCCGGCCUCGCCUCCCGCCUGGCUCGGCCCGCCGCCGGUCCGGUCUCCCCUCCCGGGUGCCGGCGGGGGGGGCUUGGCGCGGGGGGGGGCGGGAGCCUGCGGGCCCCCACGGCGGCGUGGGGCGUGGGGCCGGGCCCUCUAAUCGCCUCAGCGGAUCAGGCAGGCCGGGGCCGGUCCCAGGAAUGCGGCUGCGGCAGCGGCGGGAGCCGCCGGGCCGGCUCGCGCACAGGCGCUGAUCGGAGCCAGCCGGUAAUUAGCGGCGCGGCGCUGGCAGCCGCGGCCCUCUGCGGGCCUGCCCCGCUCGCUGCCCCGGCCCCUUCCUCGCACAAGGGGCCAUUGUGUGCGCCGCCGGCCCCACGGGGCGCGGCAGCCUCGGCGCCGCUCCGGUCCCCGCCGCCCCGUCCCCCCGGCACAGCCGGAGCCCCUGGGCCCGGAGCAGGGCGAGGUGGUGGCACUGCGGCCGCGCGGGUGCCCGGAGGCACGGGGCGCUGGUGGCGCAACCCCGGGCACCGGCGGAGCCCCGCGGCUGCCGGGCGUCCCGCCUCGCCGACCUGCGCCCCCGGCCCGGGGUGCGGUGGGGGCGGGCGGGGACCGAUCCGGCGCGGUGCGGGGUCUCCCGGGCAGGCUGGCUCCAGGCGCCACUCUGCAGGGCUGGCACGAGCCGCUGAGCCGCUGCCGGCCGGCUGCCCAGCUGUGCCUGCCCGGUGA